AUGUCUGCCAAUAACAGUUCUGAGAAUUUGGAUCUUAUUUCCGAUGAAUUGAUCAAAAUUUUGGAGCUUUCGUUAACGAUUCCAUUACACGGCUCGACGUCUGCUGUGGGUCUGGUCACCAACUUCCUGUGUAUGGUCAUUCUUUUUAAGCUCGGGUUGACCAACAGCAUGAACAUCUUAGUCUUCGUCUUGUCCAUGACGGACUUUUUGGUCACGACUCUCCAGCUGUCCAUCUGUUUGUGCUUCUUGCUGAAGUACCUGUAUCCGGACUGCGAGGUGGACCUAUGGGUGAUGGGGUUUUACACCCUGGGCUGGGUUCGCUACGCCGGGUUCUUCAUCUCCUGCUGGGUCACCACCUUCAUCUCAGUGGAGCGAUGCCUCUGCGUGGUGUUCCCAUUCAACGUUGGGAUGAUCGUCACAAAAACUCGCACAGUCGUGGUCGUCGUCCUCAUCUACAUCGCCUUCCUUGGCCUCGUCACGCCAAUUUACAUCCAGCAAAAACUAGACUGGGAGCUCCAGUACACCAUGGGCACCAACGGCACUCUUUUCGAGAAAUGGGUCUUAACUGUGAGCUUUACAGAACAAAGUGCUAGCCUAGAGAUCAUAGUGGACACUGUAGGGGCCGUGUCUUUAUCGCUUCUUUCCCAACUUAUAUUAACAUUCUGCACCGUCUGGAUGAUCUCUGCCCUGAAAACAUCCUCGAAGAUCAGGAAGGUAAAUUCAGGUGGCAUAACUCUGAAUCAACUUAGCGGGGCUCCAAUACAGGAGGAGAAAGAGACGGGCUUGACCUCCAAAGAAAGAAGACUUCUCAGGAUGGUGAUAUGCCUGGCUCUGAUUCUAACUGCCUGCAACGUUCCAAGAUACGCGGAAAUCGCAGCGUACCAUCUCAUCCCUGGUAUGAACGUUGGAAAAUAUAAAAACUUAUCCGGAUUUUUGUGGGAUUUAUCGGAUUUUUUUAGUACGCUCAACUGUUCUUGUAAUUUUAUUGUGUACUGGAAGCUAAACUCUAAAUUCAGGAAAUGUUUUAAAGACAUGUCUUGUAGAAGACGUUUAAAUAACAACACGGCAUAUUCUUAG